AUGGUCACUGUUUUGAUUGGGAUAAUUUGUAUUGCCUUGAGUGUCGUUGGUUUUGUCACCUUCGGUUGCUACGAUGUUUGUAUUAAUUAUAUGAUGGAAUAUUUUCAUCGUCGAUAUAGAAAACUACGAAGUUUACAACGACCAUCACGCAUAUUUCUCGUUCGACACGGGGAAUCUCAAGCAAAUGUGGACACAACUUUGUACUCUCGUCUAGCUGAUCAUCAGAUCGAAUUAACGACAAAGGGCCAUGAACAAGCAACAGAAGCUGGUAGAAUCCUUCGUUCGAAGAUCGGCAAAGAGUCGGUUUAUGUUUAUAUGAGUCCGUAUAAACGAUCGAAACAAACAUGGGCAAACAUUCGAAAAGCAUUUUCACCCUUGCAGAUCAUUACUGAACGAGAAGAUCCACGUAUACGUGAACAAGAGUUCGGCAAUUUAGCUGACUUAGAAACUCAACCAAAAGCAUUUGAAGAGCGUGAUCGUCUUGGCCACUUUUUCUAUCGUUUUACAUGUGGAGAAAGUGGUGCUGAUGUUUAUGAUCGUGUUACAUUAUUUCUCGACACAUUAUUUCGUGAACUGCAUAAUGGACAUCACAAUGAAACACAGAAUAUCAUCAUUGUUUCACAUGAACUUCUCAUGCGACUGUUUCUCAUGCGCUAUUUUCGUUGGACAGUUGAUGAAUUAACUGAAUUAAAAACAUUUAAUAAUUGCGAAAUAGUUGAACUAAACAAAGUAGAUGGUGUUUACACGCUGAAUGGCAGGAAGAGACCGCCGCGAAAGACAGAAUAA